CUGUAGUGCAACAGCAGAGAAUCCCACUGAUGAGAUAUCCCUGUAUCCAUGCGGGCAAUGAUGGCUCUAAGCCUUGCAAACAAGUAGCAACGACGUGUGGUUGUGAACGCUGGUGCUGUGGUGGAACACACGCAGAGAGGCAACACGUCCUGCUGUGUGCUCGUGUUGCUGUAGGGUCUGCAUGUGCUCUCCUCGUUAUAUAGGUGGCACCUCCUGGGGGGCGGAGGGAGGCUGAUAUCGCGUGAUUAAACCUUUAACAUCUCUUAGGUAUAAAUCAGGGCAAGGCUCGCGCAUCUGACACCCUCAGAGCGUGUUGUGAACAUCCAGCCAAGCACUGCUGAACUUUGCAGGAGUCUGACACAAGUCUGGCAGGUAGGGGCUCGGUGUACGGAGUGGGGCAGGACAGGGGUACUGAAAAUCUGCAUUUUGUUUCCCAUUGCAGUUUUGUAAACGUCAACAAAUGAUGAAACCUUCCUCGGCAGAGACGCUUCACAAAGGAAGGAUGUGGUGGAUAAUUCUUCUAAGCACAAUUGCUCUAGCAUGGACUACACCCAUUCCCUUGAUAGAGGACUCGGAGGAACUGGAUGAGCCUUGCUUCGAUCCAUGCUACUGUGAAGUGAAGGAGAGCCUUUUCCAUAUACAUUGCGACAACAAGGGAUUUAUAAAUAUUAGUCAGAUAACAGAGUCGUGGUCGAGACCUUUUAAACUUUAUCUGCAGAGGAAUUCCAUGAGGAAAUUGUACACCAACAGUUUUCUUCACUUAAACAACGCUGUGUCCAUUAACCUUGGGAACAAUGCACUGCAGGACAUUCAGACGGGGGCUUUUAACGGGCUCCGGGUCCUGAAGAGGUUGUAUUUGCACGAGAACAAAUUGGACAUUUUCAGAAACGACACUUUCCUGGGUUUGGAAAGUCUGGAAUAUCUGCAGGCAGAUUACAAUGUCAUUAAACGGAUUGAAAGCGGGGCGUUUCGAAACCUAAGUAAGUUGAGGGUCCUUAUCCUAAAUGACAAUCUCAUCCCCAUGCUUCCCACCAACCUAUUUAAGUCUGUGUCCUUAACCCACUUGGACUUGCGCGGGAACAGGUUGAAAGUGCUCUCGUACCGCGGGAUGUUGGACCACAUUGGCAGGAGCCUGAUGGAGAUUCAGCUGGAGGAGAACCCGUGGAACUGCACGUGUGAGAUCGUGCAGCUGAAGAGCUGGCUGGAGCGCAUCCCCUACACCGCCUUGGUGGGGGACAUCACCUGCGAGACCCCCUUCCACUUCCACGGCAAGGACCUGCGGGAAAUCAAGCGGAGCAAGCUGUGCCCCAUGCUGUCCGACUCCGAGGUGGAAGCCAGCCUGGGCAUUCCCCAGCUGUCCUCCAGCAAGGAGAAUGCUUGGCCCACCAAGCCCUCCUCCAUGCUGUCCUCCUUCCAUUUCACCGCUUCCUCGGUUGAGUACAAAACGUCCAACAAGCAGCCCAAGCCCACCAAGCAGCCCCGGGCGCCCCGGCCUCCCCCGACGCCCCGUGGGCUGUACCCUGGGCCCAACCAGCCGCCUGUGGCCGCCUACCAGACCCGGCCCCCCAUCCCCAUCAUCUGCCCCACGGGCUGCUCCUGCAGCUUGCACAUCAACGACCUGGGCCUGACGGUCAACUGCAAGGAGAGAGGCUUCCACAACAUCUCUGAGCUCCUGCCCAGGCCCCUGAACGCCAAGAAGCUGUACCUGAGCGGGAAUUUGAUACAGAAAAUCUACCGCUCCGAUUUCUGGAAUUUUUCCUCUUUGGAUCUCUUACACCUGGGGAACAACCGCAUUUCCUACGUGCAGGACGGGGCUUUUAUCAACCUGCCCAAUCUCAAGAGCCUCUACCUGAAUGGCAAUGACAUUGAGCGGCUCACCCCAGGCAUGUUCCGGGGCCUGCAGAGCUUGCAUUACCUGUACUUCGAGUACAACCUGAUCAGGGAAAUCCAGCCGGCGGCCUUCAGCCUCAUGCCUAACCUGAAGCUGCUCUUCCUCAACGACAACCUGCUGCGCACUCUGCCCACCGACGCCUUCGCCGGCACUUCGCUGGCCCGGCUCAACCUCCGCAACAACCACUUCUUGGCGCUGCCGGUGGCCGGGGUGCUGGAGCACCUGCACGCCAUCGUGCAGAUCGACCUGAAGCUCAACCCCUGGGACUGCACCUGCGAGCUGGUGCCUCUCAAACAGUGGCUGGAGGCCCUCAGCUCGGUCAGCGUGGUGGGCGAGGUGCUGUGCGCCAGCCCCGAGCGCUUGGCCCGACGCGACCUCCGCGCCCUGGAGCUGGCCGCGCUCUGUCCCGCCGCCCUCCGCCCCGCCGCCGCCGCCGCCGCUUCGCCCCCCGCCGCCGCCGCCCCUCCGCCGCCCGCCGCCACCGGCGCCGCCGCCUACGAGCUGCCCCCGCCCGGCGCCGCCGUGCCGCUCUCCGUCCUCAUCCUCAGCCUCCUCGUCCUCUUUUUCUCCGCCGUGCUGGUGGCCGCCGGGCUCUUCGCUUUCGUGCUCCGCCGCCGCCGGCGGAAGCUGCCGUUCCGCGGCCCGCGGGCGGAGGCGGCCGACCUGGGCGGAGUGCCGCUGCGCUGCCCGCGGCUCUGCGAGGAGGGCGGCGGCGGCGGCGGCGGCGGCGGUGGGGGCGGCGGAGGGGAGCGCUCCCCGGAGAAGGCGCCCCCGGCGGGCCACGUCUACGACUACAUCCCGCACCCGGUGACCCAGAUGUGCAACAACCCCAUCUACAAGCCGCGGGAGGAGGAGGAGGAGGCGGCGGGGGGAGGCGGCGGCGGCGGGGAGGCGGCCGAGCUGCUGCGGGGCGGCGGCGAGCGCUUCUCCCACGCUGCCGCCGCCGGAGCCGCGCAGGAACCGGGCACCAACUACCGCACUUUGCUGGAGAAGGAGCAGGAGUGGAGCCUGGCCGUGUCCAGCUCGCAGCUCAACACCAUCGUCGCCGUCCAUCCCCAGCACCCCGCGGGCGGAGGGCUGGCGGCGGGCCCCGGAGCUCCCGGGGGGGCGGCGGCGGGGGGGUGCGGCGGAGGCGGCGGCGGCGGCGGCGGCGGGGGGGCCCCGCGGGACCGCGAGCGGCCGCCGUGCGCCGUGGGCUUCGUGGACUGCCUGUACGGCACCGUGCCCAAGCUGAAGGAACUGCACGUGCACCCCCCUGGCAUGCAAUACCCGGACCUGCAGCAAGACGCCAGGCUCAAGGAAACCCUUCUCUUCGCGGCCGGAAAGGGCUUCUCAGACCACCAAACCCCCACAAGCGAAUACCUCGAGUUAAGGGCCAAACUCCAAACCAAGCCGGAUUACCUCGAAGUCCUGGAGAAGACCACGUACCGGUUCUGAGCCGCCGCCCCGCCGCCCGCCCGGCCCCGCCGCAUGCGAUCGAGGAUCCAGCUGUGCUCCCCCCGCCAGAUGUGCAGCGGGGGGGGGCCGUUCUCAGAUCAUUAAUCGACAAAGUGCCUUCGCAGACUUUUGCCAGCAGAUGUUAAUCAAUCAUUAUUUUUUUAUACUGAAACUGAGACUUUGACUGUGCCAUGUCUAAGGUAUAUUAUUAUUAUUAUUAUCGGGGAUCUUUGUACUGAUCCUGA